GCAGUAAGAUGUUGAGUUUGUUGUCAAGAAGUUUCGUGACUCCAGCUAGAUUUGGAAGUAUCAGAUGUUUCAGUGACAUAGGCUCUCGUUUUGAAGCAGCUCAAGUAAAACUUAACACUCUUACUGAAGACCCGGGAAAUGCUGCGAAACUCAAAAUUUACGGUCUUUUCAAGCAGGCUAACGUAGGAUCAUGCAACAUUCCAAAGCCGGGCGGGUUCAACUUCGUAGCGAAAGCAAAGUACGACGUCUGGAAGGGUUUAGGUGAUAUGACUCAGGAUCAAGCUAAAGAAGAAUACAUUGCAUUUGUAGCAGAGCUAGCCGGAUCAGAGGAACCAGCACCAGCUGCAGCACCAGCAGGCACUGUUGCAGGGUUAGAUGUAACCACUGAGGAGGGUGUUUUGACAAUAAGACUUAACAGACCAGAGAAAUUCAACGCCCUUACUUGGCCGAUGUAUACAGCAAUAGGAGACGCUUUGAACGCUGUAGCUGAGGACCCUUCCAUUAAAGUUGCUGUUCUUACUGGUACUGGAAAGUGGUACAGUUCUGGGAAUGAUCUCAGCAAUUUUACUAAAAACAUGCCUCCUGGAGGACCCCAAGAGAUGGCCUCGACUGCGCAGAAAGUUUUGAAUGACUUCUGUGAUGCGAUGAUAAAGUUCCCAAAGCCUCUGAUAGCAGCAGUAAACGGACCAGCAAUUGGAAUACCAGUCACUACACUUGGACUAUGUGAUUUAGUGUAUUGCACUGACAAUGCUACUUUUAAAACUCCCUUCGUCAGUCUCGGACAGUCGCCUGAAGGCUGCUCCAGCUUUAUCUUCCCUAGAACUUUCGGCUUUGCCAAGGCUAACGAGAUGUUAUUAACGGAGAGACAGAUCACAGCACAGGAAGCAUGUGAUGGUGGUUUGGUGACCAGGAUCUUCUCUGAGGAUAGGUUUAGAGACGAGGUGGACAAGGUCGUCAAACACAUGGCAUCCCUUCCUCCACAGUCGAUGAGAAUAAGUAAAGGUCUUAUUCGUCACGAGCUUAACGAGAAACUCUUGGAAGUCAAUGCUCGAGAAUGUGAGGUGCUUAGGGAACGCUGGCUGUCAGACGAGUGUAUGACUGCUAUAAUGAACUUCCUCAAUAGAAAGAAAUAAUGCGAUAUUCAGAAUUAGUUCUUUUUAUGUGACGUUGUUGCGGCAAAAUACCUCAGAUUUUUGUGAUUUAUAUUGGGAUGAUUAAUUGAUUUUUAUUAUGUUAAAUACCAUUCAGAUGGUUUUUUUGUAAUGACAAAGUUUAUUUACAUUUUUAUAACAUUGUGAUGUUUAAUGUUGAUCUAUACUGU